UGCGCCGGCGCGACCAAGAUGGCGGCGCUCAGUGGUGGCGGGACGCGAUGGCGGCGGGGCUGGCUGCCCGCCCUGCAGCUGCUGCGGCACGGCUCCAAGGCGGUGACGCGGCACUGGAAGGCCAUGCACUUCCAGCGGCAGAAGCUGCUGGCCCUGACCGAGUACCUGCCCCCGCGGCCCGCCCUGCCGCCCCGCUGCCUGCCCCGGCCGGGCCCCCAACAGCAGCAGGAGGACGGCUAUGCCCGCGUGCUGCGUGCCCAGCUGGAGGCCACGCUCCGUGCCAGCCGCAUGGUGGCCGUGUGCCAGUACAACACCAUGGCCGAGGAGGACGUGGCCACGCUGCGGCACUUCCUGCGCCGCCACGACAUCCACGUCAAGUUCGUGCUCAACGAGGUGGCCCAGCCGGUGCUGGCGCAGUCCAAGCUGAGGAAUUUGCUGCCGCUGUUCGUGUGCAGGAACGUCCUGCUGGUGAGCCCGGAGCCGCGGGCCAGGGAGAUGCUGAGAGUGCUCAAGGGGGUGCCCCAGGUCAUCCUGCUGGGCGCCUGCAUCGACGGCACCAUCCUGAGCCGGCAGGGCGUGGAGGGCCUGGCGCGGCUGCCGCCGCUGGACGUGUGCCGGGGCCAGGCGGCGGCGGCGCUGGCGGCGCUGCCCGCGCAGACCCGCGCCCUGCUGCAGCGCGAACCCGCGCGCCUCGCCGCGCUCCUGGAGCAGCGCCUGCGGCAGCUGCGGGGCACGGCCGGGGCCGCCGAGCCUGCCCCGGGCACCGGGAAUCAGUGA